AUGUUUAUGGGGUUGAUCCACCGGGCAAAGCUUGUGUUAGCAGUGAUUUUGGUGCAGCUCAGGUAUGCUGGGCUUUUGAUAAUCUCUGUGUUUGCUUUAAAGAAGGGAUUGAGUCCUUACACAUUCAUCGUGUACCAAAUGGCCAUUGCCACUAUUGUUUUAGCUCCAUUUGCAUUUAUUCUGGAGAGGAAUUCAAGAUCUCCGAUCGAUGACUUGGUCCAUCACUGCAAAGAUAAUGUUGCUGAGCCUUUUCGAUCCUGUGCACCUGACCAGAACCUCUACUACAUGGGAAUGAAGAAUUCGAGUGCAACGUUCACUUCUGCAAUGUUGAAUAUGCUGCCUGCUUUUGCAUUUUGUCUAGCCUGGAUUUUUAGGCAGUGCAAUCUGGUGUACGUUGCUUAUUAUGUGAUGGGAAUGGUAGUGAAGGAAAAGGGACCUGUUUUCACUAGGCUUUUCAUCCCUUGGCCACAUGUUAUCGGAGCAGCUUUAAUCAUCAUUGGUCUGUAUCUUGUUCUCUGGGGAAAAGCAAAGGAUCAGUCUCCUCCAUCAUAG